GCUGGAUACACUCUGUUGCCUAACAGAACUCAUUCCAUGACAGUUGGGACAUAUAAACAGUGUUAUCCUGUCUCGACCCCUUAUAAUCGAGCAAAUCUCAGUUUCACAAACCCAGGCCAAAAAUGUCGUCCAACCAAAUAACUAACUAUUUUCGACCUGUGAGGAUUCGGGGACCGCGCGCUGGAGCACAUCGUCCGCGGCGAUCCCGGAGAGAGAAACUAAGAUCGGUCGCAGAAGAAACAAAUGAGUUGCUUCCAGGAAUCCUGUCUACAGUGCCUAGUGCCCCUCCAACUGGGCAAUUGUGCCAUGGAUUCAGAUAUGGGCCUCUUGAUCCAGGAUUCAGCCCCAAGCUGUCUGCUCGGGUCGAGGUCUUAUUUGGCGAUACUUUUGAUAUCGCCAAUGGACUUGGCGCUUCUGCGUACCCCUACAAUGAAAACAACGCAGAAACAGUCUGUAUCCUCAACAUGGCCAAUGCGAAAAGGCCGGGCGGGGGGUGGCUAAACGGAGCCUUGGCCCAAGAAGAGGCACUCUGUUAUCGGAGUAGUCUAAGCUCAACCCUUAAACGAAGCUUUUACCCUAUGAAAUUUCUCGGUGCUAUAUAUUCACCCACCGUUGUCAUCUUCCGAGAGAGUCUUGACCGAGGCCACAAGCUGAUGGAUUUGCAGAGACCUGACCUCUUACCCGUGGUGAGCGUGAUCAGCGUGGCUGCUAUUCAGAACCCGGAACUGGACCAGGAAUGCAGUCCGCCUAUGUACAAGAACCCGCGCGAUCGCGAGGGAACGAAGAAUAAAAUGAGAACUAUCCUCCGAAUCGCGGCCUACAAAAAGCACCGCAGAAUUGUUCUAGGGGCUUUGGGCUGUGGCGCGUUUGGGAAUCCAAACGUCGAAGUUGCAGCUUGCUGGGCUGAGGUCUUGCGGGAGGAAGAAUUUCAGGGCUGGUGGGAGAGGAUCGUGUUUGCAAUUCUAGAUGAUGCCACAACGCUCACGCAGGGUCUCGGAAAUUUUGACGUUUUCAGAGAAAAGCUGCAUGACAUGGCAAUCUGA